AAUCGGUUAGUCGCAAUGAAGGUGGUGUGCAUAAUCCUUUUGUUUGUUAUUGCCGCUGAUAUUUCAAGUGCUACAGAGUUAGCGAAAACCAAAGGCGAUGCCGGAAGUCCAGAAAAAUUGGGACUUAAGUUUCCCAAGUUUAUCUCUAAGCCCAAAAAUUUCGCCUUGAAACUCCUGAGGAUUUGCAAUCAAUAUAUUACAAACACUCUUAAAAAUACUGAGUCUAGCACAGCGAUAAAUGACGAAAAAGUGGACUUCAAGAACUGUACAUUUUACUGUAAAUAUAAUAUUAACAAUGGCAAUUAUAUUACUGUAACAUUGCCAAUGCCACCCGAAACGCCCUGCGGACCGCAAAAUCAGACAUGCGCCCAAAAAGAUAAAUGUGUGGGGGACGUACCAGGAUGUUAGCGUGCCCACGUCUCCUCUACAAUACUUACA